UGAGAGCAGCGGUUACCAGGGACGCAAAGCGAGAGACAGUCCGGGAGAGUGAGACAGCCCGAGAUACCGAGUGAGACAGCCUGGGAUACAGAACCCCCUCCCCUCCAGAGAUAACACUUCACAAUGGCAGACACAGAACCCCACAUAAUGGCGGGAAUAAUUUUAUACGCCUAUGAUAAAUAUUAUCGGCAUGUCCAAAACCUAGCAAAAGAAGGACUCAAGAAGUAUAGUAAUGAUCCAGUACUUCAGUUUUUCAAGACUUUUGGCAUCCUUAUGGAAGACCGUGUACAGGAUGCCAUUCGAGAGCUGGAAUAUAUCAAGGAUAUCCCGGAUACCUCUCUGUGUGCUACCAUGGCACUAAUCUAUGCUCACAAAAGAAAUGAAAGCAUUGAUAAUGAUGCCGUUUCAGAAUUAGAAAACAAGAUGAAGGAAUGCCGUAAAACAGCAGGGGAUAAGGCCUUGUAUUAUGCAGGCCUGUUCCUGUGGCUAUUAGGCAGAGGUGACAAGGCCCAAGAGUACAUUGAUAGGAUGCUUAAAAUAUCCAACAGGUCCAAAGAGGGGCUGGUGCUCAAAGGAUGGCUGCAGCUAACAUCUAACAAGAAAACAACUGUUUCAAAAUGCCUGAGAUACUUUGAAGAAGGCAGUCAAGGAGUUAGAGAUAUAUUUGGGAUAAUUGGAAAGGCCACAUGUUUUACAAUGCAACAGAAUUAUUCAGAAGCCCUGGGACUGGUUAAUCAAAUCAUCGUGAAUUUCCCUCACUUCAUCCCAGCACAUACUCUCAAAAUGAAGUUAUCCUUGGCUCAGCAAGACUGGGAUCAGACCCUGGAAAUGGCACAGAGAAUCUUAUCUAAAGAUUCCACUAAUAUUGACGCUCUCCAGAUUCUUUGUAUUUAUUGCCUUGCCAAAGAAGGAAAUUUGGAAAAAGCAUUAACCCAUGUGAAGGACUUACUCAUUUCUUUGGAUUCUGUAGAGCCACGAAACCCAGUACUCCAUUAUGAGAAAAUCCUAGUAAUUAGCACUUUGUGUGGUAGGCACCAAGAAAUUCUACAGCAGAUCACUGCAUUUACUGAGCGUGCAUUCCGAAUGGCUCCCACCCACGCAGAGCUCGCCACUGAGCUGGCCAAUCAGCUGAUGUGUCAGGGAAACGUGAAAGAAGCAGCUGACUGGUACUCCACUGCUGUGAAGGUGGAUGGAGGUCACACUGAAGCUCUAAUAGGUGUUAUAUGGUGCCAGAUAUUACAAGACCAACUGGAAGAGGCCACAUUGCAACUCGACUUCCUCCGUGAAAUUCAACAAUCUAUAGGCAGAACAAAGGAGAUGUGCUAUGUUGAAGCAGUCAUGGCUUCCAAGAAAGAUAUGGGAGAAAAGGUAAUCACAGAGCUCCUUAAGGAAGCCUUACAGAGCCACUUUUCUACAAUUCAAGGAUUGCCCCUAGGCACGGAAUACUUUCAGAAACUAAACCCCGGCUUCAUCGUUAAAGUGGUGAAAGAAUAUUUGGCAUUAUGUCCAAAAGAGCCCAAAUCCCCAGGUCAGCCGGUGUCCCCUCUGCUUAAGCAGAUCAUAUCCAUUUUGACACCUGUGCUCAGCUCAGCCCCAGCUCUGAUGGAACCUCUGUAUUAUAUGGCUCAAACCAAGUACUUAGCAGGGAAUCUGGAAGGAGCUCAGGCAAACUUGCAGCGUUGUAUAGAAGUGGACUCCAGCUCUGCCGACGUGCAUCUCCUGAUGGCGCAGAUAUACUUUGCACAGGGCCUUUUUACAGAGUGCUCGCAGUCUCUGGAGACCGGUGUCAGUCACAACUUUCAGGUUCGGGAACAUCCACUGUACCAUUUAAUGAAAGCUAGAAUAUUGAAAAAGAAAGGAGAGCUCGGUGAAGCCAUAAAAACGUUGCAAAUGACAAUGAAGCUCCCUGAAAUGAAGAGAGGCGCAGUUAAAAGAGGCACGCCUUUCGCGCUUAGUGUCAGUGAACGCGUCUCUAUAUAUCUGGAGCUUGCCGAAACUCUUCGGCUUAACAACGAACAGCAUGAAGCCACAAAGGUAAUGCAAGAUGCCAUCAACGAAUUCCGCGGCACUCCUGAGGCAGUUCGAAUAGUUAUUGCGAACGCAGACUUGGCACUGAGUAAAGGUGGCGCAGACAUUGCCUUGAAUAUGCUGAGGGAGAUCACACCAGACCAGCCAUAUUACAUCCAAGUCAAACAGAAGAUGGCUGAGCUAUAUCUAGACACACGCAAGGAUAAGAGGUUAUACAUUGCCUGCUUUAGAGAGCUGUGUGAACAACUCCCGGGCCCUCACACCAGUCUUCUUCUGGGAGAUGCCUACAUGAACAUCCAAGAGCCCGAUAAAGCCUUGGAGGUUUACGACCAAGCACAGCGGAAAAAUCCCAGUGAAGCCUCAUUAGCUAGCAGAAUUGGACAAGCACUCGUCAAAACACAUCAGUAUAAAAAGGCAAUUAAUUACUAUGAGGCUGCGCAGAAUAUCAGCGGGCAGGAUUUACUGUGCUGUGACCUCGCAGAUCUCCUCUGUAAAUUGAAGAACUAUAACAAGGCAGAGAAGGUUCUGAUACACGCUCUGGAUCAUGAGUCAGUUACUGACUUGGCAUCAAUGAUGAAAGAUGCGAACUGUCUGCUGUUGCUAGCAAAGGUCUACAAAAGUUAUAAAACAGAAGAAUUGGCUGACACUCUGAGCAAGACUCUUGAUAUUCAGCUGCGGGUCCUAAAGCGCGUACAUAUGGAACAACCCGAUAUUAUCCCAGCACAAAAGAAGAUUGCAUCCGAAAUUUGCGUACAACUCGCUGAGCAUUAUAUAGAACAAAAGGAUUACGAAAAAGCCGUAAAAUGCUACAAAGAAGCCAUGACUUAUACGGAGACUGAUGGCAAAGUGAUGCUGGAAUUAUCCCAUCUGUACCUGAAAAUGAAUGACGUGGACUCCUGUGAACAGCAAUGUAGAGCACUUUUUAUGGAUCCGAAUUAUAAUGAGGCAGCUUCAAUGAUGAUGGCAGACAUAAUGUUUCGUAAACAGAAUUAUACAAAAUCCAUAGAACUUUUUCAGCAAGUACUGGAAAAAGCUCCAGAUAACUUCACUGUUUUGAGUAAGUUAAUUGACCUUCUCAGAAGAAGUGGUAAACUAAGCGAAGCACCUGCGUUCUUUGAUAUGGCUUUAGCAAAAUCCUCACGAACUGUGUUGGAGCCUGGAUAUAAUUAUUGCAAAGGCUUAUACUGCUGGCACAUAGGACAACCUAAUGACGCACUGGGGUUUUUUAAUAAGGCUCGGAGAGACAAUGAAUGGGGUCAAAGCGCUAUUAACAAUAUGAUUCAAAUUUGCCUGAACCCUGACAAUGUGCUGCUGGGAGGAGAAGUUUUUGAAACCGUGGAUGAAGAUAAAAGUCCUUCAGACGAGGUAAUAGAAUUGGAAAGGCGUGCGGUUCGGACAGCGGAGAAGCUACUAAAGGAGUUCCACCCACGCACUCUGCAGGCUCAGAACCAGCUCACCAUGUUAAAGUGCUGUUGCUUGAUGGCAAGUAAAGAACGGUCAAACAUGGAAACCGCUCUCAGCAUCUUUACAGAAAUGGCCAAUGCUGAGAAAGAGAGUGCUGCCUCUCUACUUGCUGUUGCCCAGGCUUAUAUGAUUCUUAAGCAGACACCUCGCGCCAGAAACCACCUGAAGCGACUGUCAAAAUUUAACUGGUCCUUGGCAGAGGCUGAAGAUCUGGAGAAGAGCUGGUUGCUGCUCGCCGAUAUAUAUAUUAAAUCAGGAAAAUAUGACAUUGCAACCGAGCUGCUGAAACGCUGCUUGAUGUAUAACAAGUCCUGCAGUAAAGCAUAUGAAUACCUGGGCUUUAUAAUGGAGAAGGAGCAGUCAUACAAAGAUGCUGCAGAACACUACAAGGAGGCUUGGAAAUAUAGCAGUCAGUCAAGCCCAGCUAUUGGUUUCCGACUUGCAUUCAAUUAUCUAAAAGACAAGAAAUACACAGAAGCCAUCGAUAUAUGCCACAAGGUUCUGAAAGAUCAUCCCACCUACCCAAAAAUACGAAAGGAAAUCCUGGAAAAGGCACAAGCCUCUCUGAAGCUAUAAGUCUUCAACUGUAUGUAUAGACUGUAAAUCCAUAGGUCGUAUGUAUGUUAUGGUGGUCAUACUGAGUCACAUGCACGGGUGUACACGCGAUGGCAAAUUUCAAGACAAAUUAAGAGCUAAGCUAGAAAAAUAAAUAUGGCCUCCAAUUAAUAUUUCUGGAUAAGCUUUUCAAAUGAUUUUAU